UUUUAAUCAGUAAAUGUUGAACUUCGAGCGUGUUUGAUUGCAGGAGAGUACCUAUCUCUUGAUAUGUAUAGUUCCAAUUUACACGUUAGCAGUUAGUGUAACUGACUACAUCCACAGAAUAGAGUAAAUUUGUAAUUUUAAGCGCUGGCGUGCGCCGAAACAGAGUUAAAUGGACGACUAUGAAAUGGAUAAAAUUGAUUUGGAAACGGAGUUAUUCUGGCAAGCGUUGAGAGAUCGUUACUAUGAAAUAGUAGAAGGAGCACCAUUGACGGACAACGAAUUACGAAAUUUAGUGAGAACCAUUCAGAGUGAAGUAAGACAACGUGAUUCGGCUUUUAAUGAGCAAGACGAGAGAAAUCUGGACGAAGCAAUGAGUUUAUUUGCUGAAAGAUCGGAAGAAUCGAAGCGUCGAUUGUCAGAAGAGCAUAGCCGUUUGGGUGUAGCCUCUGGUAGCGCACAGCCAACCUAUCAAAUUCCCGCCUUAUUUAUGGCAACUAAUGAUGAGAAACAGGACAAAGAUGUUAUUUGUGCAUCAAUGGAGGAACUGGUGGAUGUACUUCAGCAGUGUCGUCGAGACACCAAAUUUGACAUAAAUGAGUAUGACAUAGGUUUACAUUCAGAAAUAGCGAGAUUUGAAGCUGAAACGCCUGCUACGAAGCCGAAAAAAUUUAAGUUUAAGGAGUUCGGUAGGAGAGUUCGUCGCAUAAUUGUAAAAGUGUUACGUUCUAUGUUUUGUUUUUAAAUAAAGGGUUUGAAAUCUUA